AUGUCAGACCGAAGCAACAUUCCACCGAGUGGACGCAACCCUCUCUACGGCGGGCCGUCGAACAAAUCCUUCAACCGCACUCCCUCGUGGGCCUACAAGAACGGCGGAGACGCCGGCGAUGGCAGCGAUCAAGGCUCCCCAACCGCAUCCCCCCUACGCAGCCAGCGCAACGCCUCUCAGUCCCCUUACUACGCGCCACAAUACGAGAACCCAGGCUAUACGGUCGAGACUCCAAGCGCAUACGACCCUUACUUGAUGUCCAGCGGGUCGAUCCACGGCAGCCAUCUGUAUCGCCCAACGGAAACCUACUUCGUGCAGACUCCCGCGCACUCGAUUCGCACCUCGCGCGUGAACGAAUCGCCGGAAUCCUCGGCGCCGUCGUCGCCGCAGCACCCGGAGGGAUACGCGGAGAUGGGCGGAGGAAAGUUUGGCGAAGAGGCGGUGUUCGACGACUCGGAUCACGAGGACGAGUUUUAUCCGGACAUUCAGAGGGAGAAGUUCCGCAAGAAGCGCUUCAAACAGUGCUUCUGCUUGUGGUCGCUGCUGGUCGUCGCGGCGCUCAUCGUCGCGGGGUGCAUUAUCGCGUGGGUGGUGUACCAGCCAACACCGCCCACAUACACCAUGGAUUACGCGAUGGUGAACGAGUUCCAGACGUUUCAAGACAUGCUGGACGGCAACGGGCUGCCCACGGACCAGCUGUACGCCAACCUCACGCUCAUUUUCUCCAUCCGCAACCCCAACACGCGCUACGUCUCGUGGUUCGACGGCGGCGACGUGAGCAUCGGCUACAGCUCAAUCAAGACCAUGAUGAAGGGCCGCUUCCCCAAGUUCAAGCAGAACCAGCUGGAGUGGAACAGCUUCAACGGGUCCGCCUCCACCAUGGCCUUCCCCCUGUACGGCGGCGGAAUGGCGCUGCGCUCCGACAUUGCGGAGCAUCAGCCAAAGGUUCGCAACUACGUAGAUUCUAGCUUAGAAGAAGUGGCAAUGGCGGCCGCUUCGUCACAGACGGCGGACCAGGAGUGGCUGUUGUGUCGCCUGAGGGAAUGCCUGGAUCCGGGAAACACCAACCGCGUUGUCGCGGAAGAGGCGCUGCGACAGGCCGAAGCGAUGGCAGGCUACGCGCCUGCGCUGAUGCGGAUACCCACCUUUCUCAAAAGGGUUUCCUUAACUUGUCCUCGUGCUUGCAACUUCUUUUCGUUUUCCAUCUCCCAUGCGUCCCUCGCUUGGCCCUCGUCCUCCUCUCCUCCCGUGUUCCCCCCUCUCCCUUCCAUGCCCCCCCUCUCCCUUCCAUCUCCCCCCUCUCUCUCUACCACCACCCCUUCGUUCGCUGUAAUACUUCUCAUAUUCCUGGCGAUGCUUCUCGUGCUCUUCGGUGUGCACCUAGCGGCAGUGCUGCUACGGCAGGUGGUGCAGAGGCACUGGCAGGCGGGUGACGAGGAGGAGGAGGGAGAGGGGGGAGGGGGAGGAAAGAAAUUCACUGUGUCACCGGAGGACAAGGCAGCGGUGCGGGCUCUCCUCCUCCAGGGGCUGGUGGACGAGGAGCCCAAGGUCCAGUCAGCUGUGGGCCUCGCGAUUGCACACGUGGCAUCCUGUGAUUGGCCGGAGGAGUGGCCAGAGCUGAUGGACCAUCUCAUGGCCGCCCUGGCCGACACUGCUCACCCCAACAGAGUGGCAGCGGCAGUGGAGUGUCUGUCUCUUUUUGCAGAGGAGAUUGAUGAUGCGCAGCUGCCCGCACUUGUGCCCAAGCUCUUCCCCCCCAUCUUCGCCAUCGUCUCAAACCCCAACCAGGCAUAUCGCCCAUCGGCGCGCAGGAGAGCUCUCAGUGUGCUGAGAGCCACCGUGGCCACCCUGGGCAUCAUGAGCGCCGUGUACCAGGAGGAGAGCAAGGCGAUCAUCAGCGAGUCCCUGCCUGCGUGGGUGGCUCAGUUCGCUGCCAUCCUCUCCUCGCCCCUCUCACAACACGACCCCCAAGAUUGGGGUAUCAGGAAGGAGGUGCUCCGCUGCUUGACUCAGCUCAUCCAACAUUUUCCUGCCCUUCUGGAAUCGACAAUGCCAGGCAUACUGGCAGCACUGUGGCAGAGCUAUGUGUCGGGCAUUCCCCUGUACGAGCGACUGCUGGUGGCCGGCUUGCCUCUGCUGCCCCCCACUGCUGCUGCAGCUGGGGACGCAGGCACAGCAGGGGGAGCUACCAGCAGUGACAGUGCUCAGGCAGGAGCGGGGGCAGGGGGAGCAGCAGAGGGAGGUGGGGAUGGAGGAGAGGGGUAUGAGUCAGCAGCGGACGAGCUAUCUGCGCUUGCCAUUCAGGCCUUUGAGUUCCUCCUGACACUCGCCACCAACUCCAGAUUCCAAAAGGGGCUGCAAGGCACAACAGAGGCGCUGGUCUACUUCGCCAUAGCCUACAUGCAGAUCACCGCAGCUCAGGAGGAGGAGUGGCAGCGUGACACUAACGAGUUUGUCUCAGAGGAGGACGACGAGGCCAUCAGCUGCCGCACCUCGGCUGCUGCGCUGCUGGAGGAGCUAGUGGCAGAGUUCAAGGAUGAGGCGGUGCAGGGCAUAUCCACGGCCGUGCAGCGGCGGCUGGGAGACACGGUGGUGAAUCCCACAGAGCAUGCCCCCGCCUGGUGGAAGUUGCGAGAGGCUGCCAUCUUUGCUGCGGGUACGGUCGCCGACACCUUCCUGCAGUACGAGAUGGAGGGCAAGCCUGUGUUCGACUCAAAGGCCUUCCUCGAUGCUCUGCUCUUGCAUGAUCUGGGCCCAAACGGAGCAGUCAACUUCCCCUUCCUAUACUGUCGCUGCCUCUGGGCCGCUGCUAGAUUCGCCUCUGACGCACCUACAGAGAAGAAGGUGCAGUUGCUGCGUGUGGCCGCAGAGGCCCUCAGCCAGGACAGGCCACUGGUGAUCCGCAUAGGGGCGUGCCGAGCACUGUCUCGCCUGGCGCCCAACAUGCAAGCGGAGGACCUCCGGCCCGUGCUGCCCGCCAUCUACACCGGUAUCAGCCACAUGCUGCCCGAGGUGAGAGGAAACACAUAUGCUGGCCUUGGCUGCUCUGCCUGCACGGUGCACAUGGCUCUCACAUUGCUCCCCAUGGCCCUCCCAUUGCUGUCUCCACCCUCCAGCAGUGCCUGUUCGCACACCAUAUGA